UAACAUUACAACAAGAAAAUUGUCCUAUAUUUAUAAUAAAUUAUACAUAUAUUAAGAAAUCUAACAUAUUCAAUAUAUUCACUAUGUAUAAUAUGACUAACAUGUUCAAUAUGUUGAUCAGAUCCAACAUGUUAGCAAUCGGAACUCCCGAUUUUACAGAAGAUGAAAGAACUGCCCUAUGCGUUUUCUUCGUUAAUAAUCCAGUUAAAAAAAAGGAAGCAGAGCUUUUCCUUUCUACCUGUAAUGAUGAAGAUGAGGUGUUUACUUGUUUGAAAAAUGUCUUACAGCUUGCAAACCCAUCCAAAAAACACAUUCGCAUUGUCAUAGGACCUGUUGCUGAUGAUGAAGGGUUUCAGGAAUUUGUAGAAGAAUUAAACCCUUUUUAUGAAUUACCAAGUGACAAAAAAGUGAAGGAACUAUCAGUAAAAGGCUAUAAUUAUUGCAAGCAAGUGUUCCCUAACCUUAGACCUCUGGACAUCAAGAAGUCAAGAUGGUUAUCUGGCAAUAUUAUUGUUGAUUGCCUCACUCAAAUAAUCCAGGAAUGGAAUCUAAAUGAAAAUGUUUUCACCAUUACUACCGAUAAUGGAAGCCUUCUUCUGGCUGAAAGAUUAGUUGCAAGAGAAAAAUGUCUAAUUAGUUUUUUUACUACACCAAAACAAACUGAAAGAUUAAUUGAAGCUCAAAAAAAUAUGAGAAAUAUCCAACAAGAGACUGCAAUCAAACAAUUGAUGGAUAUACUAGAGCCUUUUGCAUCAGCAACUAAACUUCUUGAGGGAAAGCCUAAUAUUGAUUUCACUUAUCCUACUACAGUCUUUGAUGAUGUUGGUAUUGAGGACUCUGAUGAUGAUGAAGUUGAUGAUCAUCCAAAAUGGCAAAAAAUUUCAACAAACAUUUCACGAGACUGUAAAGAUUUAACUGAGAAGGUUAAACUGGCUUUAUAUACAGCAAUAAAUAAACCAUUAUUGGAUUCUGGAAUUGAUGUACCAAUGGGCUUUGAUAUAGAUAGUGAAAUUUGUUGA